UAUAGGCGGUUUCUUGAAGACUUUUUUUUCUUUGACAACUCUGUUACACUUACACCACUUUGCGGAACAUGGAAAGAGCCUAAGAUGGUGAGCUGUAAACCUGCAAUAGCCUUUUUAGCUUCUUCUCUUUCUUAACAUUUCUUGGUUUUUCCCUCACUUACUCUUUCACUGAGAGAAGAUGGGUAGGGCAACAAGGUGGCUUAAGGGGUUGUUUGGGAUAAAGAAAGACAAAGAGAAUUCCAAUUCCAGUAACCGGAGAGACAAGAAAUGGUGUAGUAGUAUAGGCAGCAACUCUGGGAGAGACUCUGUGGGCUUGUGUCAUAAUCCAGGGACUAUACCCCCAAAUAUAUCAGUUGCCGAGGCUGCUUGGCUAAAAUCAUACUACAGUACAGAAUCAGAGAAGGAGCAGAACAAGCACGCCAUUGCUGUGGCAGCAGCAACGGCAGCUGCAGCUGAUGCUGCAGUGGCUGCUGCCCAAGCUGCUGUGGCUGUAGUGAGGCUUACAAGCCAUGGCAGGGGCACCAUUUUUGGUGGUGGACAAGAGAGGUGGGCUGCUGUGAAGAUUCAAACUUUCUUUAGGGGAUAUUUGUCCAGAAAAGCGCUGCGAGCACUGAAAGGACUGGUGAAGUUACAGGCACUUGUUAGAGGCUAUUUAGUGCGCAAGCAGGCCACUGCAACUCUUCACAGUAUGCAGGCACUUAUUAGAGCUCAAGCCACUGUUCGGGCCCAGAAAGCUCGCGGGCUCAUCAACAAGGAAACUAAUAGAUUUGAAAUCCGAGCACGAAAAUCCGUGGAGAGAUUUGAAGACACUAGAAGUGAGCAGCAGACAGCUCCAAUCCACAGCAGAAGGCUAUCAGCUCCAUUGGACACCACAAUUAACAGCAUUGACGAAAGCCCAAAAAUUGUGGAGGUUGAUACAGGCACGCCUAAAUCAAGAUCUCGCAGAACAAACACUUCUGUUUCAGACUUUGGCGAUGACACACCUUAUCAAGCACUCUCUUCCCCACUCCCAAGUCGAAUUCCUGCCCGUUUAGUGAUACCUGAUUGCCGGAACUUCCAAGACUAUGAUUGGGGCUUAACCGGCGAGGAAUGUAGGUUCUCCACCGCGCAAAGCACCCCACGUUUUGUGAAUCCAGGAGGGUCUAAUGCACCGGUCACGCCUGCUAAGAGCGUCUGUGCUGAUAACUUCUUCAGGGGAUAUGGGAAUUUUCCCAACUACAUGGCUAGUACUCAAUCUUUUAAGGCUAAGUUGAGGUCUUAUAGUGCACCUAAGCAAAGACCUGAGCCAGGGCCAAAGAAAAGGUUUUCACUUAAUGAAAUGAUGGAGUCAAGGAGUAGUUUGAGUGGGGUUAGGAUGCAAAGGUCAUGUUCACAGGUACAAGAAGCUAUUAAUUUCAAGAAUGCUGUAAUGUGCAAGCUUGAGAGGUCCUCAGAGUUUGUUAGAGAGCCAGAGAGAUAUUACUUGCAGAGGAAGUGGUGAAUAUACGAAGAGAAUAAGAUAGAGAUCCUGGUAUUACUUCUAAGUUGUUCACAGUCUACAGCUCUUGGAUAUUUUUGGAUGCUAAUAUGUAAGAUUAUUAAUACUUAAUAGAAGAGGAGAAAAUGUGAGUAGAUUUACAUAUGAUCUAACUAGAACACUGUCCGAGAACUUAUGUCAGAUGUUGGUAUUUAGUGA